AUGCCCGAAUAUCGUCACGCCCGGAGCGGUAGCCUCAACAACGUCUCGUCGUCGUCCAACGGAGCCCAGGCCACGCCUAUGGCUCCCGCCGCUGCCACCACCCCCCGCUUCGAUGGGCCCCGAAGCCCUCCGAACACCGCCCACGUUCCGUGCAAAUUCUUUCGCCAGGGCGCCUGCCAGGCCGGCAAUGCCUGUCCGUUUAGCCAUGACCUUGGUGCCGCCGCCGAGAACGUCUGCAAAUACUUUGCAAAGGGAAACUGUAAAUUCGGCCCCAAAUGCGCCAACAUCCACGUCCUUCCCGACGGCCGACGCAUCAACUACGGCAAGAAUGGCGUUACGAUAGGUACCUCGCCCAUCAGUCUGGCUGGCCGGGCCAACCCCGCCUCGGCACAGAACCAACCCUCCACCAGCGCCCUCACCACCUCUCUCUACCACGCCGAUGCCCCCGCGUACACGUCGGCCUUUCCUUUCGAUGAGCCGCAGCACAGCUUGGGUCGCCAGCCCAGCCUCGAGAAUGGCCUACCCACCAUCGACAUGUCGUACACUAGCUCCGCCUAUGGCUCGCCUCGGGAUGAAGAGUCGAACCGCUUUGGCCUGGGUCUGUCUCCCGUCAACAAGGGUUUGUCGGUCCUGGAUGCUCCUCUCCCCGCUUCAUUCGAUUCCAAUGGCAUCUCCAACGCCGCCCGAUUCCCUGCUGCUCCAUGGCCCUCUUCGGUUCCCAACAAGUUCGGCCUCGAGUCUCCCUCGCAGUCUCUCAGCAACGCCAAGGAUUCGCGCACCUCUGAGACGCUCAAGCUUCUUCACACCUCCGCCUUUGGCUCUUCUGAGCAUCUGAUCGCCCCCAUUCCCAACAGCCCGCCCAGCUCCCACCAAAGCAAUGUCGACGAGUAUUUCGGCAAGCGAGCUAUGCACUCGUCCCGAUUCUCGAAGCCAAGAAUGCUCAGCUCCAGCAUGCCCAAGACAUCUAUCGAUAGAGACUGGGAGUCCGAGUUCGUCUUUGGUGAUGAUGACGACACCCUCCCCGAAAACUAUGUCCCUGAGAAUCUGCAGGACCUGUUGACACCCGCUGAAAAGGCACGCAGGGGUUCGAUGCGAGCUGACGGCGACGCCGGCCUAGAAAGUCUCAGCAAGUACGGCAGCCCCAUUGGAACAAGCCCUAGUAGAUGGGGACCCAUGUUCCAAAGACAAAAGGAGGAGGAGGAUCUCAGUCGGUCGGCGCGAGGUUCCAUAUCGGCCUUUGGUCAUGUUGGCAGCCCAUUGCGAAACUCGAUUCUCGCCCAGGAGAUGAACAACGCCAAUGGCUUGGUUCGCCCAUCUUCGCUGCGCAGCGCUAGCGAUUCCAUGUCAAUGCUCUCUCAGCAACUCCAGCGCAACCACCUCGAUGACACCGUGGGUGGGUCCAGCCCUUUGCUCCACCCCUCAGCCGCUCGGGGCGCCGUAAGUGCCAUCAGCCCAAUCAGCCCCAUUGGCAAGGAACGCGGCAUGGAGCGCCACGUUUCUAGCGGUAGCAUCAGCUCGGCCAUGAACGGACGGUUCACCACUCCCAUCAAUGAGGAUGAUGAGAUGUUCCACAUGGAAGGUAUGGAGGAGGAUGGCGAGACGUCCACGGCUGCCAAGACCCCGAAGCGAGUAUCGGGUAGCUUGGGCAUGUCCUGGGGCAGUUAUGCCGGUGUUGUUUCCGGCAAGAGCUCCACCAACGGAACCAAGGGACCAAGGGACUCCGUGCCUGUUAGCGGUCGAUGA